CAACCUCAAUGUGGGACAGCCUACGCUGUGUCGCGUCAUAUUCUUCAGGACAGCGGAAGACGACGCACCUGUCCUCACCACGCUGUCGACAUCAGUACGGCAGUAAACGUAGCUGAAGGACACGUUACGACAUGUCAGCGAACAUGUUGGGUGUAUCAUUUCCCAACCCGGAUGCCCAUUUCGAUGAUCUGUUCCAACCACACCAUGGGACCAGACAGAACCAUUGGCCAUUAGCGACUUCACACUCGAGAAUCGAUCCAUUCUCCUUUGGGCGAGAUGGGCAACCAUACACUGAAGACAUGUUCUCGCCAUACCAAAAAAAUUGGUACCCUGUGUUCAGUUCUCCAGCGAUUGAAGACGAAGAGACACGGCACGGAUUUCUUUCCCAUGUCAGCGGUAGCGGCUCCGCAUUCAGCGGAGAACUGGCCCCAACAGUCUCCAAAUCUAGCGACACCAUUCAGCCAGGGAAUAUAGAUGGUGCAGUAGAACAAGUGCAUGUUAGUUCACUGGAUAGCGCUUCUGGAGUCAAUGAAAAUCAGUUGACUUCUUCACUGCAGAAGCUUCAUGGCAGUACUCACAAACACCUUCCAGCUGCAGAGGUCACAUCUUCUUCUUUCAACCCAUUUGCCGAAUAUGGCCGCUAUUCAGUUCAUCCGCUGGCGACACACCAACAAUCUAUGGAAUACGCGCCAGUAAGCACUAUGUCUGAUGAAUCUGAUACUCUGGAAAGCGAGCAGCCGACUGACUUGUCUAUGCCAAAGAACGUCCUGCAAAACUUAGAUGGGGGAAGUACAGCAGAUGAAAAUUCAUGCCAGAAUGCUGAUGCAUUUCAAGACUCUUGUUAUGGACGCACUGAGACUCCCAUUUGCCAACUAACCUACACACAUUUGUCAGAUGUAUCUAACGAUUCAGAGGAAGACUUGGAUGAAAACCUGAAAAAUCUGCAGACAUCUACACCCAGUUUUGCAAAGAAACGAUUUGAACAACUAGUGCCACAUCAGCUUGCCCUACCAUGGAUAUCUACGCAACCCAUAAUUGAGAGAGCUAAUAUAUCCAUGUUUGAUCUUGUGGCCAGUUUUGCACAAAUGUUUAUGGACCCUUCAGCAAUUUUUUUAUAUAUUUGCUGGCUACUGCGGAAUCAACUUUUGUACAUGAUUGAGUUGUCCCAUAAAGUUCCAAAACAGAAACAAAAAAUCGUCGAACUGAAAGAAGACAGCUUUUAUGUGCACAGUGAUGCAACAAGCAGUGCAGAAAAUAUGGCUGACGAACAUAUGCAGCCAGGAGGUGAGGAGUUUGAAGUGAUUCAUGUCAAUCCAGAUGAUGAUGAUGAUGAUGAUGAUGAUGAUGAUGAUGAUGAAAGUGGAGUGGGGAGUGAGCAGCUUCAUGUUCAAUCACCAACAGUGUGCUCACUGUCUAACCAGCAGCUCCUUGCUGAAGUACCCACAGAGGUACAAAGAGCAGAGCAGAAUACUCUGCCUCUCCAAAAGCCUAUAUCUCCCAUAUCAGCGCUUACAGUGCCAUCAGUAUCACAUUUGGAGUCGAGCACAUUAUCUAUGGAUUCUAUCAUGUCACCUGAGAAAGAUACUAAGGCGUUCCUUUUUCUUUCCCAGCCAUCAUCGUCUCGAAAUUCCUGUGCCCAACAGAAUUACUGUUUCGCACUCCCUAUGCUAAAAGAACAACCCCAUUCUUCACGAGAUAAAGAUAUGAGGCAGCAUUUUACAGAUGCAUCGUCAACUCAGCUCCUAUUACCAGGCUCAACUACCAUAUCGGCGGGCCAGAAACGGCCAUAUAGGGAAACAGAGGCUAUAUGCGAAGCAGCCCAUUGCUCAGGUCCUAAACAGUUACGUCGCUCGCUGAGGCUUCAGUCUGUAGCUAAAGAAUCUACCUGCACCAGUGUGAAGAGAAGCAUGCGGCUUCGGAAUCAUCAGGAUCGCCGCAGACCAAAGUCUGCAGAUGAGGAAGCACAGUGCAUGACACCAACAAGGCCACAACAGUCGCCCAAUCUCGAAGCUGAAGCGAGAAAAUGCGCACCCGCCACAGGAAAGAGAAGCAGGGAGCCUUGGGACCAUAAGGGACUCUUGAGCUUCGUGGCUCAGAAUGCUUUCAAACUGCCACGUCAUGUUUGGACUGAACGGAAGGAGGGCGAGCAGAGAAAAAGUAUGCGCCUUGCAAAGAAAAUGCAAAGCAGAAGGUAUUUCCUCAGACCAAGAUUACAUACAAAGAGCUGAAGACUAAAAUAAGUAUCUGAUUCUGAACUAUCAUAUUGAGAGUACUUAUGAACUUACUCCAGAGCUCUGCUUGGAGAAAGAUAUCCAUAGGUGUGAUUUCUUUUUGUGCAUAAAAAUACACAAAAUGAUGUUUAGGGUGAAAGGAUACGUUUGUCAGUGGUAUGUUUAAUAGUUGAUAAUGAUGUGUAAUCGAUAUCUCAUGAAAGAAUGUUCUAUUGUUGAUAAACUUGAUGGCAUUACGGUAUAGUUAUCAGUUUGCUAUGGAGUACUGAAGUCAAAAUAUUAGUUGUGCUCCUUUUUUGGUGCCCCAAAACAGAACAAUCAUAGCAACAAUGUGUUUUGGGAACAUUAAUUCUGUAAACAUUCUACUGACAAUUUGUCAAAGGACCAGAAUUUCACUUAUCAAGCUUUCCUCAAGCAAGAAUUGACUAUUGUCUUGUGAGAUGAUAAAUGCAGUGGACAUCAAAAUGAACUUUUCAAAUGACAUUUAUUGAUGUAGUACUAAAGUAAUGUGUGGAAUAAUAGCAGUUUUUCAUUUAAAACCAUAUUGAUAACACAGAAGACCUCAUUUGUUGUAAAUAUGGCAUUACAAUAACAUUUAUACAAUAAUGUCUACUGCUUAAAAGUUCGUUUUAAUUCUUCCUUGCUAGUCAAUUACUAGUUGAAAAUACUUUGUAAACUAAAAAUAGGUGCAUAAUAGAAACGAUAUUGUUUGUAUGUUGUCUUCAUUAGGUAUGAAUCCACAAAAACGAAUUGAAUGUUGUAAAUAUAUCCAUUUAAAUGUCAAACAGAUGAUUUCAGACAUGAAAAGCAUAUGUUACAUUUUAAGCAAUCUUCAUGAGAUUUAAAGAAACAAAUAGAUACCCUUAUUGAAUGUCAUUAUAUUCUUGAUUUAGAUGCUAAAUACUAUAAAACAUUUUUUUGAAGAAACUCGGGUAAAUGAGUAAGUUGCAAAACUCGAUAAACCAUACUGG